CUUCUCGCGAGAGUCAAACGCCACUGCCCGAAUCCAGCUGGUACGGCUAAAAGAGGCCACCUAACCAUUGCGUCGUGUCGUGACUGGAGAAGCUCUGUAGCAGUGAGUUGAGGUCUGACCAGCCAGCCAGUCACCAGCCAGUCAACCAGCCAGCCAGCCAGCCAACCACCAGCCAGUCAGUUACCAUGGGGAACAUCUUUGGCAACCUGCUGAAGAGCCUGUUAGGGAAGAAAGAGAUGAGGAUCCUGAUGGUGGGGCUGGACGCUGCAGGGAAGACCACCAUCCUAUACAAACUGAAGCUGGGAGAGAUAGUCACAACCAUCCCCACUAUCGGGUUUAACGUGGAGACGGUUGAGUAUAAGAACAUCAGUUUCACGGUGUGGGACGUGGGUGGCCAGGACAAGAUCAGGCCGCUGUGGAGACACUACUUCCAGAACACACAGGGUCUGAUCUUCGUGGUGGACAGUAAUGAUCGUGAGCGGGUGAAUGAGGCUCGAGAGGAGCUGAUGCGGAUGCUGGCUGAGGAUGAGCUACGAGACGCCGUGCUUCUUAUUUUCGCUAACAAACAGGACCUGCCCAAUGCCAUGAACGCAGCAGAGAUCACAGACAAGCUGGGGCUCCACUCCCUACGUCACCGUAACUGGUACAUCCAGGCCACCUGCGCCACCAGCGGAGACGGCCUGUAUGAGGGCCUCGACUGGCUGGCCAAUCAGCUGAAGAACAAGAAGUGAGUGGACCAAUCAGUGGAGAGUGAGGAGAAACCUUAGUGUCAGCUCUUGAAUCAAAAAGUGGUAGUUGGUUUUAGUUGAUCCAUUAAGUGAAAAAUCCUGACAUGGUGGGAGUGAAAUGUGAUUGGUGUGUAGGAAGGGGACUUAAAGAGAAUAUCCCUAUUGCUUGAGGAUCCAUAUCCCCAUUCCUUGAGGACAUUUUCAGCCUGUUGUCAACUAUUACAAAUGGUUAGCGCUGUCCAGCUGCGGGCCAUCAAUGUCAAUACAUUAACCUUAAUAAUAACAUUUAAAAAGUAUUUAGCAACACCAUUGAUUGAUUAUUUAUUUCAGAAUGGACAAUGGCAAUGUUAGUUUGGUUUGGAACACAGUAUUAUGCAUGGCCAUACAGUAAAAGAUCUCUUGGAAAUGAAGUUUGAAAUGAAAUCUGUCUAAUGUUAUAUAUUUAGCCAGUCUUCUGACACUAUUCUCUUUUUACACUAAAAUUGCUACUGCUGGUUGGAGCAAUGCAGUAGUGGUAGAUAUAAAUGAACAGUGACAUAGGUUUGUGUAAAACACGUCCAAUAUGCAAAAGCAUGCUUUUUUCUAUGUCAACUGUAUAUUUACAUGUUUUGCUUAACAAGUACAAACAUACAGUAUCAAAAGUUUUGGACACACCUACUCAUUCACAGGUUUUUCUUUAUUUUUAUUAUUUUCUACAUUGUAGAAUAAUAGUUUAGACAUCAAAACUAUGAAAGAACACAUGGCAUCAUGUAGUAAGCAAAAGGGUGUUAAACAUAUUUAUAUUCUUCAAAGUAGCCACCCUUUGCCUUGAUGACAGCUUUCCACUCUCUUGGCAUUCUAUCAACCAGCUAGUGAGGUAAUCACCUGGAAUGCCUUUCAAUUAACAGGCGUACCUUGUUAAAAGUUCAUUUGUGGAAAUAAUUUAAUUCUUAAACCGUCCUAGAGGACGGUUGAGCUAAUGUAGGCUAAUGCGAUUAGCAUGAGGUUGUAAGUAACAAGAACAUUUCCCAGGACAUGGGAAAUACAACAUUUUGAACAGAAAUGCAAUGGUUUAUUGGAUCAGUCUAAAACUUUGCACAUACACUGCUGCAACCUAGUGGCCAAAAUCUAAAUUGCACAUUGGCUGGAAUAAUACAUUAUGCCCUCUUGCAUUUCAAAGAUGAUGGUAUUAGGAUAUUAUUUAUACUAUGUUCUACAUUGUAGAAUAAUAGUGAAGACAUCAAAACUAUGAAAUAACACUUGUGGAAUCAUGUAGUAACCAAAAAAAGUAUUUAAGAAAUCUAAAUAUAUUUUGGAUUAUAGAUUCUUCAAAGUAGCCACCCUUUGCCUUGAUGACAGCUUUGCACACUCUUGGCAUUCUUUCAACCAGCUUCACCUGGAAUGCUUUUCCAACAGUCUUGAAAGAGUUCCCACAUAUGCUGAGCACUUGUUGGCUGCUUUGCCUUCACUCUGCAGCCCAACUCAUCCCAAACCAUCUCAAUUGGGUUGAGGUCGGGUGAUUAUGGAGGCCAGGUCAUCUGAUGCAGCACUCCAUCACUCUCCUUAUUGUUCAAAUAGCCCUUACAUAGCCUGGAGGUGUGUUUUAAGUAAUUGUCCUGUUGAAAAAUAAAUGAUAGUCCCACUAAGCGCAAACCAGAUGGGAUGGCGUAUCGCUGCAGAAUGCUGUGGUAGCCAUGCUGGUAAAGUUUGCCUUGAUUUCUAAAUAAUUGACUGACAGUGUCACCAGCAAAGCACCCCCACACCAUCACACCUCCUCCUCCAUGCUUCACGGUGGGAACCACACAUGUAGAGAUCAUCCGUUCACCUACUCUGCGUCUCACAAAGACAUGGCGGUUUGAACCAAAAAUCUCAAAUUUGGACUCAUCAGACCAAAGAACAUAUUUCCACCAGUCUAAUGUCCAUUGCUCAAUGUUUCUUGGCCCAAGCAAGUCUCUUCUUCUUAUUGGUGUCCUUUAGUAGUGCUUUAUUUGCAGCAAUUCAACCAUGAAGUCCUGAUUCACACAGUAUCCUCUGAACAGUUGAUGUUGAGAUGUGUCUGUUAUUUGAACUCUGUGGAGCAUUUAUUUGGGCUGCAAUCUGAGGCUGGUAACUCUAAUGAACGUAUCCUCUGCAGCAGAGAUAACUCUAGGUCUCCUUUCCUGUAACGGUCCUCAUGAGAGAGACAGUUUCAUUGACUGACCUUCAUGUCUUAAAGUAAUGGUGGACUGUAGUUUCUCUUUGCUUAUUUGAACUGUUCUUGCCAUAAUAUGGACUUGGUAUUUUACCAAAUAGGGCUAUAUUCUGUAUACCACCCCUACCUUGUCACAACACAACUGAUUGGCUGAAACACAUUAAGAAUUAAAUAAAUUCCACAAAUUAACUUUUAACAAGGUACUCCUGUUAAUUGAAAUGCAUUCCAGGUGACUACCUCAUGUAGCUGGUUGAGAGAAUGCCAAGAGUGUGCAAAGCUGUCAUCAAGGCAAAGGCUGGCUACUUUGAAGAAUCUCUAAUAUAAAAUAUAUUUUGAUUUGCGUAACACUUUUUUGGUUACUACAUGUAACCAUAGUUUUAAUGUCUUCACUCAUGUUCUACAAUGUAGAAAAUAGUAAAAAUAAAGAAAAAACAUUGAAUGAGUUGGUGUGUCCAAACCUUUGACUGGUACUGUACACCUGUAAGAAUAUAUGUGACAUUUACCUGAAACUAAUCAUUGUGGUUGAUAUGUUCAAUUGUAGAUAUCAGCAUUCGUUUCUGGACUGAUUUGUAUAGAUGUAUGAAUAUAACAUUACAGCUUGUGUAUUACAUUUCCUACAUUGAUUUUGGUUUGGUGCGACAAUUGUUUUUGUGGCCUUAUACAGUAUCACUAGUGUUGAAACCCCUUGCACCCUGAUGAUGGUUUGUGUGUGGGACCACAGUUGUUGCUAAAUAUAUCACUUCAUUUCCAUCCUUUAACUCAGUUGAGUCUGUGCGAGAUUAAUUAUAAUUUGUUGAUGUUAUAUUACUGUAACAAUGCAAUUACUUAACAUUCCAAUUAAUAAUGUGUGUUAAAAAGCAUUGAAACAAGGUUCAGUUAUAAAUGUAAAUACUCAAAAAUGGAUUGACGAUUGGAUCCUAGUCAUGAGUACAUAUGUAUUGGUGAGUAUGUGUCCGGUGAUACUAGAUCAAUACAAAUGGCAACAUUCAACUUGUGUUUCUUGGAAACAUUUUGAUUCCACGUCUUCAAAUCGAGUUAGGACUUUUUUUGAGUUUUGGGGUGUUCAGAGGUCCCUAUUCACCCCAGCCCUCUCAUACCACUAGUCCAUGUCCGGUCCCUGCAACAGCCCUGUGUUUCGAGCCCACUCCCCCCCAGCUCCAGCACUGGCCCCCUAACCAAGCCCCCGUCCCAAUCCGCCCCCCACAACCUUUCCCCUCCAUCUCCAGUGCUGUGUCUCCAGGGGUGUGACAGCAGUAUGUGGGUCAGAGAGAGCUGCUCCCUGGGCUCCUGGCCCCCUGGGCCCCCUGCAGGCCAGCCACAAUAGCGGCCCCAGGGCGGGUGCCAUAGCUGGGAUUUUCUUCCGUAACCGGGACACCCCUCGCCCAGGGCACAGACACACUGGCAGCAGCCCCACAAUCAAUUCAUCAAUCUGCUGAAGGGAAUGGCGACCAGCCUGGAUGUGAAGGCCAUGCAGAGGACUGGGGACUGGAGCAUCAACCUGCCUCCACACACAGCCUGGCCCCGGACUGACAGACAGUCAGAAAGGCGGACACGCUAGGGCCACAAGGGAUAAUGAUGAUUCUCUGGUGAAGAAUCUGACGAGGUCUGGCGACAGAAGCUUGGGCAAUCAUGGAGCCAUCAUAGUAGUCUGUCAUGGAGCCAUCAUAGUAGUCUGUCAUGGAGCCAUCAUAGUAGUCUGUCAUGGAGCCAUCAUAGUAGUCUGUCAUGGAGCCAUCAUAGUAGUCUGUCAUGGAGCCAUCAUAGUAGUCUGUCAUGGAGCCAUCAUAGUAGUCUGUCAUGGAUCCAUCAUAGUAGUCUAUCAUGGAGCCAUCAUAGUAGUCUGUCAUGGAGCCAUCAUAGUAGUCUGUCAUGGAGCCAUCCCACACAUAGUAGUCUGUCUAAAAUAAUAGUCUGUAGUCUGUAGAUAGAACCUCAGAUGACAGAUUCAGGACUGGCUGACACCUUUCUACUUUCUUUUUUUUUUACAGUAACAGAAGGCUGUUCUUUCCAUUUCCCUUACAUCUCUAUCUGCUAUUAAAAAUAUUCAAAGUUAAGAGUUGACCCUUGGAGUUGAAAAGUUAGGAAAAUUCUGUAAUAAACUCAGUGAUAAAAACUCUGAAUAUUGUGUUCUUAUGCAACACCAUUAUAAUAGUUAGAAAAUGAAUUUUGUGUAUGUGACAUGAAUGGCUAAAUGUGUAUAACAUGCUUAACGUGCAAUAUUUGCUCGAAGUUCAGCUAAUGAACUUCAGAGGCUCUGUGUUCCAUGCAGAGGAAACUCAGAGUGCUGGCCUCUGUCUCCCCCUGCUGGAUGUAAAAUAUAUUACAUGGAUUUAUUUUUCUUUAACCAGGCAAGUCAGUUAAGAACAAAUUCAUAUUUUACAAUAACGGCCUAGGAACAGUGGGUUAACUGCCUUGUUCAGGGGCAGAUAGACAGAUUUGAUUUGACCUUGUCAGGUCGGGGAUUCGAUGGAGCAACCUUUCUAUUACUGGCCCAACGCGCUAACCACUAGGCUACCUGCCGCCCCAAAAUCAAGGCACAGCUAUGGGAUGUACGCACAAAAAUGAGGUACUGCCUGUCUGAUGUAAAUAAAUAAACACUGAGAGAAAUGUCAAAUGGUCACAUCAUGCUGCCACUAGAUGGACCCACUAUUCAAAUGUUCAAAUAUCUAUGUAACCAGUACUUUUAACAUAUCUGUUUGAUCAAGGUAGCGACUAUGUUUACAAGCUUGUUGAAACGCAUCUAUAAAUGCUGUAUUACGUGUCUAUGUAAGUGUUAUAAAGAGCUUUAUAAGUGUCUAUAAUGCAUGUAAAUCAAUCAAAUGCCACUGUUCCAAAACAUUUUCAACCUACUAUGUUUUGUCUAAGAGUGUGAAUAUAUCUUUACAUCAA